UGAUUGCACAACAAAAGCUAUUUUUGUUGUUCACGGCCAGAAAAGGUCGGCGCCGAACCAUCGUGAAAUUUUAUAAAAAAAUCCACGGUACACUGCAAUAAUUUUCUCUGUUGUCGAUAAAAAUCAGUAUAUAUAGUAGACACGAUGUGGUAAGAAUAAGCUCAAUUUGAAGUAAUUUAGUGUGAAGUUUAAAACGUGUACCACACCACACACAGCAUGCAGCACAGGCUCCCGAUGUGGGACAAACCGGAGGCUUGAUGAUUGAGUAACUGUAUUUACUGUAGGCGCAUGGUUUUCUGAAGAGUGGUGGUUAAACAUAAUAUACAGUUAAUAUAGUAAAUGACUUGGACGUAAAUGCUAUGGAUCUAAAAGGAAAAAAAUUCAAGAUGAAAGGUCGUCCCAGUGGUAGUAGCAGUAGUAGAAGAACGUUGCGUUCUGAGAGUUUAUUUUGCAACUAUUCUCCUCGUAUUUGCAUGCAGAAUCGGAUGGAUGGCUUUGAGUACUGUCGUCGGCAUAUUCUCGAAGAUAAGAGCGCACCUUUCAAGCAAUGCAAUUAUAUAUCUACUAAGAACGGGAAGCGUUGCUCGCAGGCUGCGCCCAAAUCGGACAAAAAAGAUGGCUUUUGUGUUGAACACUCAAGAAAAACUGCGAUGUUACGGCAUAAAAAUAUCCUCAAGAAACGGCCAAGUAAUCGCACUGACACUCUACUUGAAGAUCUUGAUGCCUAUAGAGCAAGUUCCUCCAAACAACUUCCCGAAAACCCACUGUCCGAAGCCGCUAAAAUAUUGGAAUAUGGGAGCGACAGUAGUAGUGAUGUUGAACCACUUCUUGUAGACCAAUCUUGGAAAGGGGACAACGAAAGUGAUGCUGAAAGUGUGGACAGUGAACAAGAAGAUGUCCUCAAACAUGCAGGAGUUUAUACCGCAGAAGAGGUUGCAUUGAUAAGCAAAGAGAAGUUGAUAAGACUCCAGUCACUGUAUAUCAAUCAGUUUAAAAGACUUCAGCAUGUAAUGAGAGAAAAGCGCCGCAGAUACUUAGCCGAACGUAGCAUCGAAGAACAAACAAUUGGUUUGAACAUCGGAAAGGUCAGUGACCCGAAAGAAAGCAAAAAGCUAAUGAAACUUCAUGCAAUGAAGCGGUACCGCAAGCGAAGAGGAUGCGAGGCUUUGCUUGCUCUUAAGUCAAAGCAGAGACGGAUACAGGUGACAGCAAUGCGAGAUGGAGUUGACACGGAACAGGCUGUAAUGAUAUGUAAAUUUGAAGCCGACAGGAAGAGCUGUCGUAAUACUCGUUUACCUGCAGUAUCGUAUUGUGAGCAACAUAUUCUUGAAGACCGCCACCAAGUGUUGUAUGGGAAAUGUGAGGGUGGUGAUGGGAACUGCACCAUACCUGUACUACUAACGUCCAAUGAGAUUACUUGUUUUUUACAUACUGUGGUACCCAUAAUGCAUAGCCAGGGAAACUUGGCUGUCAUCACCAAAUAUGAUAAUUCACAGCCAACCUUUGUGUUGGAUGAUCAUGAUUAUGGCCAAAAACCAUCCACCAAGAUAAAGACUGAACCCUCAGAGACAAAAACAAGUAAAGUACCUCCUCAUACGGCAUCGGCCAAGAAAGAAUACGAUGAUGAGGAAACAGAGACCGAUGAGGAGCAAAAAGAAAGAUACGAAGAGAUCUGGAAGCAGGAACCAAUAGGGCUACCAGAUUCAGAUUCCACCGACUCAAGUGAUGAACGAUCUUCAUCCUCUGUACCAUCUAUUAAAGUUCUACCGCCAGUGAAGAAGUACAUCUGUAAAUGUGGCAUCAAUCAAGAAAACCCGGAGAGCUGCUCCUACCGGAAAGGAAAGUACAUGAGUCGGUGCAAGUGCUAUCAUGCGCAAGAACCUUGUGCCGGAUGGUGCAAAUGCAAGGGGUGCGUUAAUCCUUAUGGUGCUAAUAAACGCAAGUCAAAGAAAAAGAAGAAAAGUUCCGACCGCAGUAGGAGUCGCGAUAAAAGCGAAGCAAAGUCCAUUAAAGAAGAAUUGACAAGUUAGAUGGUUUAAAGCUGUCUGUGGUGAGCGGAGAAAGACCCCUUGAAAAAAUAUUAAAUCUAAUAUUUCAAUUACUUACUUUUUUAUGUACUGUAAAUAUAAAAAGUAAUAUUUCAAUUACUUACAGUACAUAAAUUAAUUUUCAUUUACAAAUCUGAUAAAAAAAAAAAAACAAAAAAAAAAAACUCACCACCUAAUGGGAUAUAAAUAUUAAAGCAAAGCUCCAGGUAAACUUCUUUUGGUUUUUAUAUACAAAAAUAUGUAUCGAUUCCAUUCCCUAUCAUUUUGUCCAACACCCCCUUGGAAUGUUCACUUAGCAAAAAAAAGUUUGCUCCGAAACCUUGUUCAACUUCUAUAUAUGGACCCUUUAACUGGCUGGUAAUAAAUUUAAAGAUUUUUUUGUAGUAAAAUAUCUUUGAUACUUCAAAAACUCCAAAAUUCAUUGAACAAGUUUAAUUUCUACAAUCUUUUUUAAAGAGUGUAAAUACUAGAAUGCUGAUACUGAAUAAAGAACUACAGUAUGAAAAAA